GUCAGUUGCCGGGCCUGUGCUGACCAGCGGCGGGCGAGGCAGAGUCAAGGAGAAUUCAAGGGCUAGCUCUCAUGGAAUGAGUAUAGCUCAUGGAAGAAAAAAAUCCUAUCAAGACAUCCUUCGUUUCCAGGUUACCAAAGUAUGGAACAAAACCUGUAGGAAGUAUCCUGCAGACUGUUCCAAAUGGGACCGUUCUUAAUUUAUCAGGGAAUUCUCAGAGCAUUGACAAAAAUCUCAGCAAGCACAAUGGCACUCUUCGUAUGUCUUCCUUUUCCUUCAACUGGAGAAAAUCGAAUAAAUACCACCUGGGCAACCAGACUAAUAGAGAAUCUAUCUCCAGCCACAAUUCCAAUGAAAAACUGAAUGAUUCUGAAAAGCAUCCUCAGUCUCAAAGUACAGUUGGUCAGGAAGUGGUAAGGAUAGGUUUGAACAGCACAUCUUCACAGAUUGGAAAACAAAGCAACAUGUUUGUGUCAUCUACAGAAGAAUUAAGCCAAAAUUCUUUGCCUGGGCUGCCUCGUUCAGCUAAGUUCUCCAAAAGUUCAUUGUUAGGCAGAACUUCAUAUUCUGGACUUAAUGCUCCGAAGUCAUACUUCAACGGAAUUUGUGGGACCCAGUCAACUGUAGGCUUUCAGAAAAACAGAAGUAAUUCAACUAUAAUGAGAAGCAACUCAGGCGAUAGUCUAUCAGAGUCCACAGAAAAUGUUAAAUCUUUUUGUGAAAAAAUGGUUCGGUCACAAAGCUUUUCUCAUUCAGUUCAAAACACCCUCUUGCCCCCUACCAUCUUAACCAGGUCACAUUCUUUUAAUAGAGCUGUAGAUCUUACAAGGCCUUAUCAGAAACAACACCUAGCUAUUAGAACAUCUCAGAGAUCAAAUCUGUUAUUAAAUGCUCAGCAGCUUGAGAUACCCAGUAGUAAUGAACCUCUAAUGUAUGGGCUUCCUAGAUCUUAUACAACUUUAGCAUCUUCAGGACUGAAGAAACUGCCACUGUCAAAUGGCUCUGGGGAUGCACCAUCUUUAAGAUUUAGAACCGGCCACCCUUCUUUAUUGAAGCCUAGCAGCCAACGUAUGGGGAGAAAGAUUCCAAUGGAUGGCAGCACAAAUAAUGAUAAUGAAAAAUCCUUAUUGGAGGACUCUUUGAUUUCAAUAAAUGUCUGUAGAGGAACUGAUGAAAAAGACACACACAACAGUGAAAGACCAGAAGUUACUGAAGUAUAUAAUUUGGUAGAGGAUGAUGGUAAACUUAUUUUCAGAGAUGGUGAUGUUGAUGAAAUAUCUAUAUCUUCCUUGUCAUCUUCUGAGAAAAAUGAUCUGAGUGAAGACUUUAGUGAUGAUUUUGUAGAUCUAGAAUAUCAAAACAGAACAAUAAGAAUUCAAGAAGAGAAAAUUUCUGUUCAAGAAUUACAGUGUGGAAAUGAAAUACCAUUAAAUCAACUUCUUUCUCUUAAGGAAAAUGAAAGAUCCAGUUGUAAUUCUGAUGAGUGGCUGGAUAUUCGAGUGUCUGCAGUUCAUGACAAGAGUAAAAGUGCAAAUCAUCCUUCUGGGAACAAUGUGAUUUCCUCUGACCAAGAUGUCAAAGCUGGCUCCUCUUUCGAGCUUUCUCCAUCUGAUAGCUCUGAUGGAACCUAUAUGUGGGAUGAAGAAGGACUGGAGCCCAUUGGAAGUGUUCAUCCAUGUGGAAGUUUUGACUCUUCAGAAAUGAAUAGUAUAGAUAUCUUGAAUAACCUUGAUUCAUGUGAUCUUGAAGAUGAUGAUCUUAUGCUUGAUGUUGACUUACCGGAAGAUGUACCCUCUGAUAAUGGGGAUUAUGAAAAAAUGAAUAUAUAUGAGCGACCAGACAGAAAUAUCAGACAACAGAAGGAAGGGCCAUGGAAGAGGACACCCCAGUGCUGGAAUACUCAAGACCGCUAUCGUCUCGGUCACAUUGAUCACCGUCACCAUAUUAGAAAUGAUCUUAACAGGACUUCCAACUAUUUAGAUUCUCCUGUUGGUCAUCUUGAAGGGUAUGGAGCACCAUGCUUGUACCCACCCUUUGUCAGCUUGCCGCCAAACACUGUGAUGCUUGAUGAAAUGACCCUUCGGCAUAUGGUUCAAGACUGCACAACUGUGAAGACUCAGUUAUUAAAAAUGAAAAGGAUACUUAAUCAGAAUGAUGAAAAUGUGUCACUCCACAACAUCACUCUUUCAUUGCCUGCAAGCCCAGAUCUCCAGGAUCCUGAACCAAUACACAAGAGUGAUGAUUUGUUGAGUGAGAUCACACAGCUGAAAGAAGAUUUAAAGAAAAAAGAUGAAACAAUCAGACAACUUGAAUAUCGGCUUUCCAUUAGGUGUAACUGCAGCAGAGGCGGGCAGAAAUCUGAAGUGUCUGGGCGCAUGUAUGCUGACAAAUACACACAGACCUCCUCAAGGAAAAGUGCUCCUCAAGCACUACAGCCUUCCAGCCGCCUUCCCUGUUUCACAGACAUCACCCAGGGAAAAUUAAUAAAAACUUCACACAUUGUGGCCCACAGUGAACAUCCUAAUCAAGACCUACAGAGAAAAAAUUGCCAUGAAUAUCAAAAUGCCGUUAGUGGCUCCUUCACCCGUAGCCUAAAUGAACCAAGCACUUUAAAUAUGCAGUUAAAGAAGCCAGAGGAAAAUGCACAUUCCAUCAAGAACAUAAAAACUAGAGACGAAAUUGGAGAGCUGACUGGUAGAAAAGUUAUUAUGCCUCAGUCUCAUCCUUCUUUGCAGUCGCCUACCCAAGUAAGUACACAAGAAGUCCAGACCAAAUCAGUCCCGAAAAAGCAUUACUUACGGACAAACCAGGUUUCAUCGCCAAAGACUUCAAAACUUACAAAGCCCCCAUAUGAGAAUGAUUUAGUGCCUCCUUCAGCUACUGUUGCAGAAGAAUCACAGGAAGACUGUUCUGCUCCAAAGGAGCCUGAGUUACUGCCACCAAGCAGUCCAACACAACUGCAAUUGGCAUCCAGUCAGUCAAACUUGAAUAGGAAGAGCCAGAGGAUUUCUAAGCUCCGUCCUCCAAUAGUUUCCUUUAGGCCCAAGCAAACAACAAAUCCAAAACUUUCAAUACCUUCUGAGCCUCAGAAUAUUUGGUCAAAGACAACCCGUUUGAAACAACCAACACAAACAAAAGAUAUGCAGAAUCAAAGUUCAAGUAUUCAUUCUGGUGACAGCGUGACUUCAGAUCAGCAUUCUCGCCUCCCUAAACCAAAGACAUAAUGAACGUUAUGACUUGCAGAAGUACAUCUCCGUGUCCUAUGUUGCUAUGCUGCUGCUAUCAUCCUUUCUGACUUCGAUCAAGAUUCUGGAUCAAAAGCCUACAAGCAUUCGAACGAUGCAUCUCUGCUGGUACUUGGCUAUUCCAUUCUAAUCUCUCCUCAUUUUGUGCCAGAUAGAAAUGUGCAUCAUUCCUUUGGCACAUAGUUUAUUGAAUGAUUUCAGAAUCCUGUGGUGUCCAUUGAUUGCAUUGAAGAGAACAGCUUUAAAGAAUUGCGUGGCAAAUGCUAAAAUUUGCAAUAAUUACUGGUUGUCAGGACUGCUGCAUUUUGUUUGAGGAGGAUAGGGCAAUUGUUCAAAACUUUACUCGUAUUUAGUCUGGACAAUUACAUAAUAAAUGGUUACAGCUAUACUUUUUGGUUCUGAUUUAACAAUUGUAAGUGAUGGACUUCUAUAGAGUUGAUAUUUAUCUUCAUUCUCAGCCAUAAUUCUGUCUGCGUCUCAGAGGCCUAUGCAAGAUAUUCCUAUUUAUAGCAACACUUUACUCAAGACAUUCUGAAGGAUGAAUAUGUGGUGUAUAAUCUUGGUUUUACUUUUGCCACAAUAGUCCCAAUUUGCUUUUGUUGCUUUUUUGGAUCUGUAUUCAUUUCACAGGAUGAAAUGUAUCUUUUAUUUAAACAUUUAAUCCAUCCAUUAUUUCAUGAAUUGUAGGAAACCUGUAGAAUGCUUUUGUAUUCUACAAGUAUUGUGGAAUAACUAUCUAACAGUAUUUAGGAUUCAUGUCCCAAAUUCUUUUCAUGUAGACUGCUGUGAAAUAGUAUAUAAUAAGACUUUGGGCCAAAAAGUCCAUCAUAAUCCAUGGAGAAGAUGUUCAUAACAUGUUCCAUGCGUAGGUUUAACUUUAUUAAACAUUUAUUUAUUGAUUUCUGUUAAUAUUGCAAGAUUCGAAUACUCAGCUUGAAAUGUUUGCACAAAACUGCCAUAAAGGUAGGGAUUUGAAACAUUUUUCAUAAUAAAAAGCUUGUUUUUAAAACAGCUAUUUUAAAAAAAUAUCCUACACUUGUUUGAGGAAUCUUGUGGAAUCAUGAGCAGAUGUAGUGCUUGCUGUUUGAGAGAUCAAUAAUUUUGGCUUCAUUCUGAGUUUCUAAGUGGCAAAUAGUAGGUGGGAAGUGACUGGGAAAUUGAAUGGGAAGCUUAUUUGAAAAGUGAUCUGCCUGAAGAAAGUUAAAGCCAGGUAUUUAUGGAACGAAAAAACAUGGUGAUGAACCACUGUGAAUAAGCACAUAAAGCAUGAAAAGUUCAUUGCAAGACAUCAUUGUAUCCCACAAAAUCAAGCCAUUUAUUAUAAUUGUUCUCUUACUCCAACAAGAGAACAAUUUCCAGAUAGGGAAUCUUCAAAGGUAGUGUUCAAUUAAACAGAUGUGAUUAUUCCACAUUAGGGAGUUUGAGCCCUUCAAGCAUUAAUUCAAAAGAUGGUCUUACAAGAAAUAUGUCUCCAAAAAAGAAUAAGCCAAAGCAUUUGUAACUUUGGCUUUUUGUAAGCCCAGCAUAGCUACCUCCCUUAGAAGGGAUGUUGAGAAAUAUGCACUUGACCCCAGUAUCAACUGAAAGCAUUCUUUUAGGUUUGUCCUCUGUAUACCUCUUUAAAACUACAAAGGUAUGCAAAGAAGUAUUCUUGGCUGCUGUUCUCUAUUGUGGAACCCUCUUUAAACAAUACUAAGACUCUAGCUUUAGUGAUUUUUCAGGGUUAAAGUGAAAGAUUUUAUUUUCCUUUUGGUAGCAAGAAGUCAUGGUGUUAGGACUAAGUUCUGAUAUUUGUACAAGUUUUUAUAGUAUCAUCUUGAGCUUUUGGGAUUUAAAGGCCUACAAACCACAUUUUUUUAGUGGUUUAAUCAAUCUGACUAAACUUAUUUGUCGUGGCAGUUGAAAUAGAAUAAUUAUUUGUUAGAUGUUUGUCUACAGACAUUGAAGCUAUUUUAGUAGAACAAAACAGUAGGUUUGGCGUAGCAAAAUGUUUUGUUGAUUCCGGUUGGAGUUGGGGUACAGUUAAGUCUCCCAUUGAAAAAAAAUGUAGUAAGAUCUGAUUCAUUAAUACUGUUCCCACUGAUUUUCCAAAAUUUAAAAAUAUGUUUCUUUUUUGGGGUGUUUCUGUACUUGUUUAUAUAGCUCUGAGUUUGUUGUUGGCUAGAUGUUUUGGAAUUGACUUGGCUACAUCCUAUUUCACAUCUACCCUCACUAUGUCACUUCUAGUCCAGUAAAUGUAAAAAACCCACUGAUUCACCAAGGUGCAUCUAUACGUAGCUAGAACAGUGAAUCUGACCAACUGCUCUUCAGGAAGACGUGGCCACUUGUCCAGGGCCAAUAAUGGUGAGAUCGUUGUUAAAACAAAAUUUUAGAGGUCCUUACAUCAUAUUUUAAAGUCUCCUUUGAUUUUAAAGUUGAAAAGCUUCAAGUUUUCUUUUUAAAAUGCACAUGAUUAAAGUUACUUGCAUAACAUUCUUUAGGGCACUUAUAGUGAAAUCCUAAGUAGGGGUGUGCAUGGGGGAAAAGUUUCAUUUUCCCACUCCGGAUUUACCUGAAGCAGGAAAAUUAUUUGUAAUACCCGAAGCUUCAGGUAUUUAAAUUGCUUUGGUAUUCUCUGUAAAGAUUCAGAGCAUAGUGAAGUGAGGGGGAAAACCUGUCUCCCAGCCCCCCAAUUAGUCUCCCGUCCUCCCCCUACUUAGUCCCCCCUUCCUCCCCACCCCACCCCACUUACCUGGAUGUGGACCCAAGGAAGACCAGCUGUGUUGUUCCACUCUGGGGCUGCCUUCCUGGGACUGGAGCAUGGCUCGUAAGGUCUGGAACCAGCACUUCCGUGGCCCACACUGCCGCCACCACUGCUGUAGCAGCCAGCUGGGCGGUGGGGAAGGCCAGAACCGGUGCCUCUGUGGCCUGCACUGUUUCCUCCACCACUGCAGUGGCUAACUGGGUGGUAGGGAAGGCUGGAGUCGCCACCUGCACUGCCUCCUCCAUCACUGCCAGGAAGGCACAAGUAAGUGGGGAGGGAGCUCUUUAAACUUCAACUGGCCUGCUGGGGGGGGGGCUGCAAUCCCCUCCAUGUAAUAAUUUCAGUUAAUUCAUAACAUAAUUCAUAGUAAUUCAUAAACAUUUUUUGAAGACAAAUUUAGGAUUACAAAUACUUGUUCAUUUUUUAAGGCUGGUAAUUGAGUGGCUGAGGACAGCAGUCCUAAUAAUACGAAUAAGGUUGUGAUAGGUAGCUUUGUGAUGCUGUAGAGAAAUUAAGGAUCUUGGAGGUAAAAUGGCUGUCAUCACAUGGUAAUCACAGCAUUCUGAAUGACUCUGGUUACUUGCUACACAGAGUUGUCUUGGAUCACUGCCUUGCCACACCAUUCAGUUAACUGAAGAAAGAAGAUGAUGGCUUUCCCAACCAGUGUUUGACUUCCCCUUUAAAGUGGAUUUGUGAAAGCUCCAGAGUGUGACUAUGUCAAAUAAUGUUUCAGUAUAUGUUUAGAAAGUCCAGAGUAUGAGGGAUAAGACUGAAGGCUCGCUUCAGUGUGGAGAAGGUGCUUAUGGAUGUCAAGCCUGACAUGGAAUGCUAAUAGGUGCAAGUACACAUUUCAAGUUAUAUGAAUACUUAUUUCUACUGACGGUGCUAUCAGUACCAGUGCAGAAGGUUAUGAAUAUAUAAAUUAAUUAUUAGGAUUUGUUAACAUUUAGGUUUCUAAAUGUCAUGUGGAUUUUAUCCUUCUGGAUUCUCCUACAUUAUGCAGUAAUUCCUAAAGUAUUAAACAGUUCCUCAAGUGUAUUUAGUGAAGGUAAUUAAUCUUUUUAACAGUGGAUGUGAAAAUGAAACAAAACUAAUUUGCACUUUAAACAAUGAGCUCCAUUGCUUGGAGUUGUGCCUAAAUUAAUCUAAAUGCCUAUGACUGAGUCUUUGUUGUGUAUUGUUAGGAUUUUUUUAAAUAGUAGAAUUUAACAGGGACAGUGCUGUCCAUAAAAUACCUCCUGCUUCCUUUAGUCUCUGCCACCUGUUCUUCAUUAUCUUCAGACAUUGUUCAUGGAAAAGCCUGAACUCUCAAAGGGUUGUCAUCUGUAUAACGUUGCUGAAAAUUGUGACAAAAUUGUUCCUACCCAUUGAGAUGCACUUGUGAAACCUAACACUCCUACCUAGCAGAGCUUCAGCCUUCCAGGUUUAUAUCUCUACAUUUGAUUUUUUUGAGAUGCUUAAAUGAGCUGAUGUGCAAUACUAAUCUCCCAGAAAAUCAGCUGAGUGACUUGUUGAAUUUUUCCAGUAGCACAGAGAAAAUGUGUUAUGUGAACUCUUAAUCUAGCCACAGGCUCCAUUUCUAAAUUAAUUGGUCUCAAAUUCUGAUAUUUGUUUUAAUGCAACUUGGAUAAUAUGAAUGGUGUUUGUGGUUCAUUUUGCGUGUCACUCCAUAUGCAUUCAUGGAGACUUUCAUAUACUGGUAGACUAGCAUGCUUUGGGAAGAAUAUAAUUAUUUUUUGCAUAACUCCUAUUUUUAGUAGAUAUGCAUUCUCAUACUACUAGAACCUUUACCAGUUAGGAAUGGGCUUUCCAAUUCUUUCUCAUCUGGUUACAGUGUUUCUCCAAACAUGUUCAACACAGUCUAGCCAGAGUUAAACACUUUUGAAGCCCAUUGACAUUGAUCAAGUUAAGUUUGCCCUUAGCUCUCUCCCACUGUAACAGUGAAACUUACAUGCUGAAUUUUGACUGGGUUAUGCCCAGCUGACACCUAAUCAUGGAUUCUGUUUUUGGACUAUUCUGCAACCAUUCUCUAAGAAUAUUCAAAGGUAUUUUGAUCACUGUUAUAGUAAAACUGCUCACUGCCUACAUAAAUGCCAAACGCACCACAAUAAAUCUAUAUUAAUACCAUGUUCGUAUUUGUUCUGAAUUCAGUACCCUCUGCAAAAGUUCUCUUAACACAUUUUUCCCUUUAAAAUAAAAAUCAUGGUCAAAGCAAAUACUGUAUAUUGGAAUCUGCUUGUAAAGAUGCUUUAAGAUCUUACAUGUAAAGAGUUUCCUCACUGUUGCUUUUGUGAAUAAAAACCAUGAUUAUCUCUUG